AAACAUGUUGUUUAAGUGUGGGUUGUCAUCACAGUUUGUUAGAAAUUCAGUGCAAUGGCUCUUAGCCUUGUAUUUCCUAUCUCUCCUUAUAGUACUGCCACUCUACUAUAUCCAAGCUCUGCCUCACAUUUAGCACCCAUUCAUGGCCGAUCCCUGCGUGCCAUUCGAUGCAUUGUUGUUGCUGAUGGACCUUGCAAUCAAAAGGUCAUCAGACGAUCCGCCAACUACCAACCUCCCAUUUGGGACCAUGACUAUGUGCAGUCACUUACCAGUAAAUAUGUGGGAGAUGUAUAUGAAAAAAGGGCUGCAAAAUUGAAGGAAGAUGUGAAGAUAAUGCUUGAGAAAGUAGUGGAUGAGGAUCCAUUGGAUGCACUUGAGAUGAUUGAUGACUUGCAAAGGCUUGGAGUGUUCUAUCACUUCAAGGAUAAGAUAGAGAGAGUACUUGAGAGAAUAUACAACAUGAAUGACAAGUACAACAAUGAGGAUUUGCAUGCUACAGCUCUCAAAUUUAGGCUUUUGAGACAACAUGGGUACAAUGUCCCUCAAGACGUUUUUAAAAAAUUUACGAACGAGACGGGGAAUUUGAGGUCUUGUCUUUGUGAGGAUACAAAGGGACUACUGUAUUUGUAUGAAGCCUCAUAUCAUUCAAUUGAUGGUGAAAGUUUAUUAGAUGAGGCCAGGGAUUUCACAACUAGAAACCUCAAAGAAAACCUCAAGAAGAAGGAUAUUGAUCAAAAUCUCGCCAUGCUAGUUAGACAUUCCUUGGAGCUUCCCCUACAUUGGAGGGUGCGAAGGCUAGAGGCAAGAUGGUUCAUUGAUGUGUAUGAGAGAAGACGAGAUAUGAAUUCUAUAUUGCUUGAGCUUGCGCAAUUAGAUUUCAACAUGGUGCAAGCAAUUCACCAGCAAGAAGUAAAACAAAUGUCAAGGUGGUGGAGGAGUACAUGUUUGGGAAAAAAGUUGAGCUUUGCUAGAGAUAGGUUGAUGGAGAGUUUUUUAUGGCCUCUGGGAAUGAAUUUUGAGCCUCAAUUUGGAUACUUUAGGAGAAUGUCCACGAAGGUCUGCACACUGAUGACAAUAAUAGAUGAUGUCUAUGAUGUGUAUGGUUCAUUGGAGGAACUUGAACUAUUUACCGAUGCCGUUGAGAGGUGGGAUAUCAGUGCAAUGGAACAACUUCCAGACUAUAUGAAGAUAUGCUUCCUCGCUUUAUUCAACUCUACUAAUGAAAUGGCAUAUGAUGCACUUAAGGAACAAGGAUUGCACAUCAUUUCACACCUAAAGAAAGUGUGGGCAGAUAUUUGUAAAUCUUAUUUAUUGGAGGCAAAGUGGUACUACAACAGAUAUACACCAACCUUUGAAGAAUACAUGAACAAUGCGUGGAUUUCGAUUUCAGCUCCUCUUAUGCUAGUGCAUGCUUAUUUUUUUGAUUCUAAAACAGUAACAAAGGAGGCCUCGGAAUGCUUAUUAGAAAGUUACCCAAAUAUAAUUCGCUGGUCAUCAAUUAUUUUCCGACUUUCAGAUGACUUAGGAACAUCAUCGGACGAGUUACGAAGAGGCGACGUUCCUAAAUCAAUCCAAUGCUAUAUGCAUGAAACUGGUGCCCCUGAAAACGAUGCCCGUGAACACAUGAAAUACUUGAUUGGUGAGACAUGGAAAAAGAUGAAUGAAGAUGGAGCUGCAAAUUGUCUCUUCACUAAGACUUUUAUUGGGAAUGCAAUGAACCUUGCUAGGAUGGCUCAGUGCAUGUAUCAGUAUGGAGAUGGGUAUGGUGCUCCAGGCAAUGAGACUGAAUAUCGUGCCUUGUCAUUAGUAGUCAAUCCUGUUCCCCUUAUCUCGACAAGGGAUAAAAUACUCUUUUGAAUAAAUGAUUACUUUUUAUUUCCGAUGUAACCAAAAAUAAUAAUAAUAAAUGAUUACUUUUAUAAAAAAAUAUUUAUGUCUUUUCAAAA